UUGACAACCUGAGCAGAAGUCAUCUUCAGAGUCAAGUGAAUAGUGCUUGUCAGUCGAUGGUGUUACAAGUCUGGUCGGCUGAAGGUGACUGGUCAGUUUAGCCUUAAUGCUAUUGGCUGUAAGACUCGCGUAAAGUUUGUCAUCGGUUUGGUCAGUUUCGAUCCGCCUAUUGUUAGUAAAAUUGGUCUGUUAGAGGUCCGUCUAGUGUUAGUUGAAUUAAGUAAGUCUGUUAGAAGUCUGUUUGUCGGUUUCAUUUACGUGGUGGAGGCGCCAGUCCUUGUUGACAUAUAGUUUGUACCGUAGGUUUUCGCUGAAAUGCUUCUCAUAUCAUUGUUUAUUAAUUUGAAGUGGUUUUUGACGGCAAAGGUGACAACAGAAUAAGAACGCGCUAUUCGGUGACUCGACAUGCCAGACGUGACUAUCUGAUAAUUAGAUUAGUUUUUGUUUAUCUGUGAAUAGCGUUUUGAAAAAAAUUGUUCUUCUUCUAUUUUUCCCCAGAUAUUUAACUUAAGACCAUUUAUCUCCAGCACUGAAGAAAAAGCAUAUCGCCCUUAAGUUUCCGAGAAAACAAGGGGAUCGUGUUGUGUACCCUUACGAGGAAAACAAAAGUGUCAAGUUACAAAAGUUCGCGUGAAAAGUAACAUUGUCAUGUCAUAGUGUAGAAUGGCUAUUGUUCUUUUGACAUUUACUUCCAGUUAUAUAGGUCUGUCAUGAUGCUUGUUACUAUUCAUAGAUGCCCAAAAGGAGCUCAUUCAUUGGUUGCUAUGAACACACGGCAAUGCUGCCAACAUAAAAUUGUAUUUAACUCACUUUAUAACAAGACCCAAUUUAGCAUGUUUUGUUGCCAGCUAUAAUCGUAGAUUUUUUUUCGGUUUUGAAAUUCCACAAAACCACUUCAAAUUAAUAUCGAUAUCAAAACCCAUGGCACAUGAUAAAAAAAAGUGUUCAUAGCCAAUUCCAAGAGGUCAUUAGAAAGUCGCCAAGUCAUUAGAAUUUUCCCAUAGACCUGUUUGAAUGCGGGAAGUUAGUCAAACCUCACUUGUUGGGUUUUUGAUUGAAAAGUCCUUACUUAUCUGACUGGAGUGCUGCAAUAUUUUGUUUAAAUAUUAAGUCUUAAAAUCUGAUUAAUUAGUUUACUUUUAUAUGGAUUCCAUUUACUGCAUUGCUAUGUAACAUUUUAACAUGGUUUACUGUUUAAUUGCAGCAAAAGAAUUGCGAAAUUGAAGACCUUACUCGGUAAAGAAUUUGUUGAGAUGGAUUCUUCAUAUAUUAAAGGUUUUAAGUAAAGGCAACGCAUUGAAUGGUUUAGUGUAAUGUAGAUAUGUGUCCAGUAAUGACAAUAUUGGGUUAUUAUUGGUGAUCAAUCGAAUAGGUGGACAAGUAUCAGAAUGAUUGUGAGUUUCUAUGAUGUUGUUCAGUAGUUGAUUUCAUUUGAACUUAGUCGCCUUGCAGGGUCUGUAAAUGUUUAGCGCACUUCUCAGCAAUCAGUUUACUCUCCAAAUCUCAAGUGUCAGCUGAAAGUUACAACCUUGAAUAACGCGCCACUAUCGGUUAGAACCAUUUAGACUCUCUUCUGCUGUGCGAUACAAUUCAGUGGCCAUUUAUGUGUUUUAUGAAGUAAACUGUCUCUGGUAAUUGGUAGAAUGUUUAGGAUUUUUGAACUACUGUUUUGUCUUAUUACCAAUAACAAAGAAAUAUGCAUUAACGAUGUGGAAUUUUUUUUUCAGACAACUGGGUAAAUCUCAGGAAGUCAUUGACGAUCAAAAUGUCAAGAUCGAAACUUCAUUCAACAAAUUGAAGACAAGCGAGAGGCUCGUGAUAGAACGUGAAUAUUCGCUCCAAAAUCUCUGGAGGCUCUUGCAUGAAGCCGCAGACUACUCUGACCAAAAAGAGGGCGAGAUUGAAAACCUUUCUCGCCAACUCUGUGAAUCAAAAGAAGACCUUGAACAAAAGAAUUGCAAAAUUGAAGACCUUACUCGCCAACUGGGUAAAUCUCAGGAAGUCAUUGAUGUAAGAGAGCUUAUAUUAAGUAUAUUGAUCAUUGUCUCUAUCCCGGGGUAUAUAUAUGUAAUUAAACUGAUACAAGACAACUCCGAUUUCUUUUGUUGA